CGCUGACUCGUCGAUAGCAGUUAUUGACCGAUUGUACAAUAACAAAAAAAGCAAAACAAAAUUUUAGGUCAUAAUAAGCCCAGAUUGUCAGAUUGGAAAAUGGUAAUUCCAAAGGAAAUAUUAAGUGAUUACAAGGAGCUGUAUGAAAAGUCCAAUGACCUAGUGGAAAACGAAAGUCGCUCAGAUCCCCCCACAGAGCCAUUUAGAUCUCAUUACAAGGCGCGCGAUAUUUUGCAGGACUUGAAGAAGCAAUUGGAAGAUCAGCUAGUAUCGGUGGCAGCCAGUGAAGAGGACGGGGGCCAAGAUGAAUUGAGUUAUAAAUCAAUUUUGGCUUUUGUGUGCCGUGAUUUAGGAAGAAUUUAUGUGUAUACGGAAGAGCCGACUGAAGGCGUUAGGAUGCUCAAACAAUGCUUAGAGUUAAUAGAGUCACACAAGGACACCGGUGAUGGGAUUAUUCCUUAUGUGGGCGCUAUAAACGAGCUGAGUAUAGUGCUGGGCUCGAGGCAGGAGUAUAAACAGGCAAUGGAAAUGCUCUUGGAAGCGGAAAAGUCAUACCAGCAGUUCAAGUCCAGUGGUCAAGUCGCCCAUAGCUUAAUGGAUAUCUUUAGUCCACCUGAUGAUACGUCAGCUACUCAUAGUGGGCCUACAGAGCUUGAGAAUCUGUACACGCUAUGCUGUUUCUAUUUGGCACAAAUGUUUGGCCAUCUGGGUGAGCUGGAAAAGUCGGCCCAGUUCUGUCAUCGUACGCUGCACCGUCAACUGGAGUACAAAUCGUAUGAUGCCAUUGAUUUUGCUCUCAAUACCGCAACAUUGUCGCAGUAUUAUAUUGGGGAGGAACGCUUCAAGGAGGCACGGCAUCAUUUGGCUGCAGCCACCUUAAUAAUGGCCGAGUACGAGGGUGUCAUGCUGAAGCCAGAGAUGACAGAACAACAGAAGGCAGAUGUAAGUGAGACCUUUAAGCACCGCUAUGCAGAUGUGGCCAGAUGUUGGGCGAAAUAUGGUUUAUAUUUACUUCAAACAUCCAAGGAGCGUUUGCUGCGCGACGAUCAGGAAGAAGCCCAAAGAAGCGCUGAGAAAGCGAUGAAGCAAUUGGAGAUCAGUGGUUCACAAGAGGAUUAUCGAUUUUUGGACUUGAAUUUAACAGCAUGUGAGAAUCGAAUCAGUUGCGACUAUUGUCUGACAUUUGAUGAUGCCAAAUUAGUUUUCCAUUUUGUCAACGAAUGGCUGGACAUAGCCAAGGAUUAUUACAAAGCCGAGACAGAGGCCACCGAAUACUGCAAAAUUAUUCAGGAUUAUGCCGAGGCCUAUGAACAUAUUGUUUUCUUCGAGGAAAAUCCUGAUAAUCAAGCCAAAAUGCACAAAAAACGUGCCAAAUUUCUCGAAGAUUUACUUGACCUCAUCGAUCCCGUGUUCUAUUUGAAAAUCUGCCGUGAAUGUUGGUAUGGCGCUGGUACCGCUAAUGCAGCCGUUUUAGAUAUACGCCUUGAUGCGAUCAAGGCAAAGAACUCCCCCUCCCCAGAUGAGAUUAAGAAGGCCAAUCAGAGCUGCAUGAAGGCUAUAAAGCAUUUCCAGAGUUAUGCCAAAUCGUAUCUGUCAGCAAACGGAACGGACUGGCGACCGAAUAUGGAUGUGGAGGAGCAGCGAAUAAUGCUGUAUGCUCAUUUCCAUAUUGGACGAUUGUAUUAUAAGUUACUCACAGCAAAUCCCAUGCAGCAAUUGGAGCAUUUGAAUAGUUGUAAUCAUUACUAUAAGCUUUUCAAUGACGGCUGUGAGUCCCACCCAGAGGCCGCAGGUCCAUUGCACGGGGAAACUGGUGUCGUACGUGAAAUGCUUCAUCUUCUCCCGCUUAAAAUAGAAGCAGUCAAAGCCAGACUACAUUAGUAAAACUUGCAUUUCUUUAAGAAUCACACAAAAUCAGCUUUAUUUAGUCCAAUAAUAAAUAAAAAAAAAAUUAAA